AAAAUUGCUCAAAUUGAAAAGUUGAAAGCUGAUCAGGCUACCGGGAAGCAGUUGGAUCCAAACCAGAUCGAAAAGUUGGCCACGGAACAACAGUUACGAGCACAACUUGCCGAACUAAGUCUUUCCAAUUGA